AUGGCCAUGGCGCAGCGCUCAGCAGUUCUCCUCUUCCUUUUUGUCACACGAGGCUGGGCACACCAGAGUCCACUGGAGGUGGUUGGGGCUCUUCAUGGGGUGGCGUAUCUCAGCCCCAGCCAGCAAGAGAACAUCACCUACCACCAAGUCCACUGGAGACGCAACCACACCUUGAAGAUCGCCAGCCGGGACAGCGAGAAGAUUCUCACCUACCCCUCCGCCGCCUACAAGGGGCGCCUGGAGCUCUUCCCUAACAACACCCUUAAAAUCAGCUCCCUGGGAAAGAAUGACAGCAACCUGUACCAGGUGUAUCUGGAGAACGAUAGGGGCGAGGAGCACGUUGAAGAUAUUCACCUCACAGUGUACGAUCUGGUCCCAAAGCCCAUGGUGGAGGCCAAUGUGACCAAGUCCCCCCUGCCGGUGGAAGCGGGUGUCUCCAGGUGGGGCAUCACCUCUGCCCCCUCAGCCCAAACGUACAUCUGCAAAGUGAGCAACCCCGUCUCCUCCAACAACGCCUCGCUGAGCUACAGACCCCCCUGCUCCUGGACAGGUAUGGACCGUGGGGUGAGGGAGACGGUGCUGGGCACCUUGGGGAAGGUGACGAGGUUGCGGAUCCCCUCUGAGCUCCAGGAUCUCACCCGGCGCUUCGGGGCGGCCUCGUGGAAGAGGAGUACGGAGGACCCAGAGAGCAAGCAGGUCCUGCUCAGGUACUCAGAUGGCAACUACACCAGCUACAUGCAGGAGCAAAUUCACUUCAACAAGUCCGACUUCUCCCUGGAGAUCCUCAACACAAGCCGGCAGGACAGGCAGCUCUACGAGGACAUCCUUCAGCCAGUGUCUGAUCCCAGCGUGGAGAUCCUCAGCCGGGUGCUGGCCAACGGCAGCUGUACCCUCACCCUCAACUGCACGGCGGAGCGAGGGGACAACGUCUCCUACAGCUGGGAGAGCCGGGACGCCGGCACCCCGGGGCUCUGCUCCCGCAAGGGCAGCCUCCUGCACCUCUCGUACCCGCUGCAGAACGCGAGCAUCGCCUGCGCCUGCACGGCCAGCAACCCCGUCAGCAGCCGGGUCGUCGCCUUCACCUCCUCCCAGUGCAGCUACGAGCAAGGGGGCAGCGCCGGGCUGAGAAUGGAGCAUCUCGUGCUGCUGGUGGUGGUGCCCAUUGCUGCGGUGAUGCUGCUGGCCCUGCUCUUUGUGGUUGCCCGUUUGGCCAAAUCUGUUGCCGGCCAGCAGCAGGAGGGCUCGACGCUCGCUGGGGACAACGCGGUGCACACCAUCUACUCUCAAGUGCAGCGGGUGGAGCGGAAAAGGGGUCCUGCCGCCGAGCCUCCCUCCUGUACCACCAUCUAUGCCGCAGCCACCGGCCCCCCUUGCAGCUCCCCGGCAGAGCCACCUGCCCCAUGGGGCCACUCGUCCCUCACGCAGGGAAGGGUGGUCCUCGAAAUGGCCAUGGGCCCUCCCGCAUGUAAGAGCUCGGACACAGAGCCCAUGACAGUUUACGCCAGCGUGAUGAUGCCCGUGGCUUGA